AUGGCAGUAUGUCUUCCCUCUUUAUCGGAUCUGAGGGCACAAUGUACCCUCAUGGAAAUCAACCAGGAGCUUCAGUUGCAGCUGGAAAAGUACAAGCAGGACUUCAGAGACCUCACAGAGAAAUUCCUCGUAUCCCAAGCUACUGCUUACUCCCUGGCCAACCAUCUGCAGAAAUACAAUUGUAAAGCAUGUAAGGACAUUGUUGAAUCCGUGUUGGGGGAGAAACUGCCCGUUGAGGUGCGGAGGCCAGCAGAGAAGCUGGCAGAGAAGCCAACACUUGAUGAAAGGUUGAGGACGUCUGACGUCCUAAUUCGAAGUCAGGCACGAGAGCUGACCCAGCUACGGCAGACACUACAGGAUGGGAAAGAUGACUCUGUCCUGCUCAAGCAGCACCUCAAGGACCUCCUCACCCACAGUGACCUGGACAACCACCAGGGGCAGGGCUUCAGAGAGAGCCUGUCUGAGGGAUACCGCCUGGCAGAGCGCCUUGCCUGCAAGCUCAGCCCAGAAACUGAUGAAGAUGAAGAUGAAGUCGAUGAACAAGCACAAGAAACACCAACCCCCAGGUUCAGCAGACAGAUGCCACAGAUGGUAGAAGAUGGUGUCCCACAGAACUCUCUGGAUGACUAUUAUCUGACUUACUCGGUGCUUCCUAACCUGUCAGACUCCUUCUGGCCUUAUAGGAGCACAGCCAUCUUCUCACCUGAGGACCUGGAUGUCUCUUAUGCUCGGGAUGUAACCAGUGACACCUGGGAGGACUGUCACCAGGAACCUGUGAGUUUCCCAGGGUCAGAGGUGCCAACUUCACAGGCACAGCUUCAGAAAAGUACCCACGUGACCGAUUGUCUGCAGUGGCAGCUGGACCAGCAUCUUGAGUGUGAGCUGGAUGUUUCCAUCAGAAUGAAGAACCCUCCCAAGCUGGAAGGUGAGGGCUCCACAGCAAGCACACAGGAGCAUCCA